GGCCAGCAGCAUGCUGGGAAAUGUAGUCCUCAUCCCUGUAUUCCGUUCCCACCGUCUCCGACGCGAAACAUGCCGGCCGUACACCACAAAUUAUUACUCGAGGAGGCCUUGCAAGACAGUCCGCAGACACGGUCCUUGCUCAGUGUGUUUGAAGAGGAUGCAGGCACGCUCACUAACUACACAAACCAGCUGCUCCAGUCUAUGCAAAGAGUGUUUGGAGCACAGAAUGAAAUGGCUCUGGCGACAGAACAGCUUUCUAAGCAGCUCUUGGAUUAUGAGAAACAGAAUUUUGCUCUGGCAAAGGGCGAUGAAGAGGUGAUCAACACUUUACAGCACUUCGCCAAAAGCGUGGAAGAGCUGAACUCUCUGCACGUUGAACUGGCAUCUCAGAUUGCAGACAAGAUGGUGUUUCCCAUGGUGCAAUUCAGAGAGAAGGACCUUACAGAGAUCAGCACGUUGAAGGAGAUAUUCGGCAUCGCCAGUGAUGAGCAUGAAGCUGCCAUGGUGAAAUAUAGUCGUUUACCUAAAAAGAGAGAGAAUGAGAAGAUAAAAGCCGAGGUGGUGAGAGAGGUGGCGUAUUGCCGCAGGAAGCAGCAUCAGGCGGCAAUGCAGUAUUAUUGUGCUCUGAACGCGCUGCAGUACAGGAAGAGAGUGGCCAUGCUGGAGCCCAUGCUGGGAUACACACACGCUCAGAUUAAUUUCUUUAAGAAGGGGAUGGAGCUGGUGUCGAAGAAGAUGGACGGUUUUCUAAGCUCAGUUUCUAGCAUGAAUCAGAGUAUUGAGUCUCAGUUAGAGGUGGAAGCAGAGGUCAUGCGUUCGUCUCAGAGAGAGCUCCUGUCCGUGGAUGACACCGUCUACAUGCCGGAUCACGAUCAGGUCCCUGUGAAUCGCGGCCUCAUCCAGAAAGCCGGUUACCUCAACAUCAGGAAUAAGACGGGUCUGGUGACCACGGCGUGGGACCGCUUGUUCUUCUUCACGCAGGGCGGUAAUCUGAUGUGUCAGCCGCGGGGCGCGGUGGCAGGUGGGAUGGUCCUGGAUCUGGACAACAGUUCUGUCAUGGCCAUCGAGUGCGAGGACCGCCGCUACUGCUUCCAGAUCACUGCACCCAACGGCAAAACGUCUCUGAUUCUUCAGGCUGAGAGUAAGAAGGAAUAUGAAGAGUGGAUCUGCACCCUCAACAACAUUUCCAGACAAAUUUAUCUAACUGACAAUCCUGAGGCCGUGGCGAUCAGGAUGCAUCAGACGGCCCUCCAGGCCGUGACGCCCAUCACCAGCUUUGAGAAGAGAGCAGAGGGUUCUCCCAACCCCGACCGAGCGAAACCAGGCACUGUGAGCUCUAGAGAGCCUCAGAAACCCCCGACGACCCUGGAGCCUGAAGAUCUGAUCGUCCCAGGAACACCGAUCCAGUUUGACAUUGUGCUGCCCGCGUCCGAGUUCCUGGACCAGAACCGAGCUGGAGCUAGACGCACAAACCCCUUCGGUGAGACGGAGGAUGAUGACGGCGCUUCAGACACACACGAUUCGCUCCUGCAGCAGGUGUUUGCCGUGCGGUUCUUGGGUUCGAUGGCUGUUCGGGCCGGUCACACACAGGAAGUGAUCUAUGAAGCCAUGAGGCAGGUUCUCGCCGCUCGCGCGAUUCACAACAUCUUCAAAACCACCGAAUCCCACCUGAUGGUCACCAGCAGCUGCAUCAGACUGAUCGAUCCACAGACACAAGUCACCAAGAUCAGUUUCCAGCUGAAGGACGUGACUCAGUUUGCCGCCCAUCAGGAGAACAUCAGGCUGAUGGGCUUUGUGCUGCAGGGGAGCGACUGGAGCGAGGAUCAGCCCUCCUUCAGCGUGUUCGUGUUUGAGAGCAACACUGAAGGAGAGAAGAUUUGUUACACUAUAAACCUGGGGAAGGAGAUCUCUGAGGCAAAGAAGGACCCUGAAGCUCUGGCGCAGCUGAUGAAGUCAAUGCCCCUGACAAACGACGGCAAGUUUUUGCUGCUGGAGAGCGAGACGGGAGACGAAGCGGAAGCAGCCGGACCGGACGAGCAGGAGUCCGAGGCCUGAUCUGAACACACACACACACACACACACGUUUCCUGCUGCUGUUCUCCUGUCCUCCCCCUCACAUCUCCAGACAGACUAAUGAAGGAAAGGCCACAGGUGUUUGAGUGAACAUCGCUCAUUCGUUAAGCUCUCACCCAGUUGUACAUGCUCAUGAUGAAGGUUAAAGGCUUGUUUUAAUCCAUCAGACACAAGUUUACAAGCUAAAGGAAUAAUUCACCAAAAAAUUAAAAUUCUCACAGUUUCUCCAGUGAAUAUCAUCUUGCGAUUUGGUUUGUUCCUCAUGCAAGGGUAUUGCAUGACUGAAUAUAGUGCUCGAGUACUCUAAACCAGUUUUAUUAUAUGUUAAUGGUACGUUUUGGAGUUCAGCAGUGUGAAUUAAUGUUUCAGUUUCUCUGUGUGGGAAAAAAAAGAAGCAACUCAAGAGUUCUCAUUUUUGGGUAUACUGUCACUUUAAGAAAAGUCUUUUAUUUGCAUCGAUUGUCAUUUAAUCUUGAUUACUGUU